AUGCCUAGCGUCUUGUUCGUCUGCGUCCACAACGCUGGUCGCUCUCAAAUGGCGGCUGGCUACCUUAGUCAUCUCGCAGGUGACACUAUCGAAGUGCGCUCUGCCGGAUCAGCCCCAGUCGACUCUAUCAAUCCCGUCGUCGUCGAAGCCAUGCUCGAAGAAGGUAUCGACCUCACCAGCCAAAAACCUAAGAUUUUAACCGCCGAUGCGGUUCAAGCCAGUGAUGUUGUCAUCACAAUGGGUUGUGGAGACGCCUGCCCCUUCUUUGCUGGCAAGCGCUAUCUCGACUGGCAACUUAACGACCCUGCCGGGCAAGGCCUUGAUGCUGUACGUCCUAUUCGCGACGAGAUCCGUCGUCGCGUCGAGGCUCUUAUCACCGAGCUUCAACCCUCUGUCUGA